AUGGCCUCCAUUGACUACUACAACAUUCUACCCGAAACGAGUUCGGAUCGUCAUGUGGGUUAUCUCUUUGGAUGGCUUUGUCUUGUCAACAGCGCCUGUGUCAUGAUCUUUUUAUUGGUCGUUGCUGUUGCCAUUUACACAUUGAAAGGUUUUCGAUUUCACAAGAAAGUUUCAACGACUUCGGGACCUCGUUUGAAAUCUCAAUUUCUCAAGAAACGAGUAUUCAAUCGAUUACGAGAUCCUUCUCAAUUCAUUUUCGAAUCCUACGGCUUUAAAUUCCCUGUCACCGUCUGUCUCUACAUUUAUCGAAUUUGUGUGGCCAUUAUUGCCAUUGUGAGUUUAGUUUUGAAACGAGUGUUAGAACCACAAGAUACCUUUGUGUUUCUUUCAUUUCUUACCAACUGUUCAGUCAUUAUCUUGACCGUCUAUUACACCAUUCAUGCAGUGCUGGGAAUGUUUUAUUUCAUUUUCUUUAACAAGUUUUAUCACAAGACAGUGGGAAUUCCAAAAUUGAAAAAAACACAUUCGAGAAUGGUGACCGUGAUGAGAGGAAUUUCGAAUGCAAUUUGGUUGAUGGGAGAACUUUCCAUUUCAUCGACUGUUUUAAUUUGUAUUGGUUAUUGGAUUUUGACUUCAUUUGAAUCAACUGAACCGAUCAGUACACGAUAUUUCAAUAUUUACUUUCAUGCAAUCACUGGAAUUUUGAGCUUGAUUGACUUUUUCUUGUCAAACAUGGUUUUUAGAUUUUGGCACUUGUUUAUUUCCAUUCUAUUUCCUGCAUUUUAUAUUUUCUGGCUUUUACUGAUUGUUGAAAUGCGAUGGCUCACUGUUUGGCCUUACAGUCCAGUCAAUUAUUUCAUGAUGCCAUGGUUAGCAUCUUCUACCUUUCUAUUUUUCACUUAUUUGGCCUAUGUUGCCAUUUUUGCCUUUUUUGUUCUCGUCUCAAAAAUCAGAACUAGAAUUCUCAUUCGAUGGAUUUUGAAGGAUAUCGAACAUGAGGAAACAGAAUUACUGAAACAAGCUCAAGAUCAGGAAUUAGCGAUGACCUAUCGAUCACCUCCAGUGAAUACUGAAAUUUCUCCUCGAUCAUUGAAUUCUUCCUCUUCUCGAAGAGGAUCAAUCUCCUCUCCACUUGUCACACCCACAACAACAGAUGUGACAUCACCAUCCAUUUUUGAGCGUCCUAAUAUAUUUUCCAAGCUUACCAUUGCAGACUUGACACCUGAAGAAUUCGGUGGAAAUGUCGAAUUUUCUGAAACGAAUAGUUCUACACAUUCUUCAGAACAAGCAUCGACAAGUGCCUCGAAUUCACCUUUGACAAUUUCUGCCUUCACAGCACCUGUUCGGUUUCAGACCAGUGAAGAACGAUUGAAUAGUUCGACGACACUUCUCAAAUCAGUGCUCACUAAAAAUCAUACGAAUAGCUUUUCUGGAAAUUUAAUUUAA